AUGGUUCUUCACAUAACGAAGCUUAAAAAACAACAUCAACGGCAACUCGAGAAAAAUAAGAAGGAGAAUGAAAAAAAAAAGAAGCCAAAAGCAGUGAGAAAUCAACGAAUCAAAGAUAGAAUUGCUUCGUUGCCAGUGUGUGUCAAGUCUUGUUUUGCUCAGACGGCAGUUUAUUUCACUGAAUUUCCAAACCCUACAUCAUCCACCCACACAUACAUUUUAGUGCUUAUGGAAGCCAUUAAGGAAAACUUUAAAUUUCAUUGGGAAAACUAUCGACAACCCUUAGUGUUAUAA